CAGUGCAAGUGUCAGUAGGAAAUGUCAUUUUAUCAAACAAAAUUUUGAGGUUAUUUAUAAGAUUUCGUUUAUAUAUUAUUAAAAAGUCGUAUACCUAGUUCUUUAUUUAUAAAUAUUGUUGAUGCAAAGUACAAAUAGCACUAAUUUAUUUAAGUGUAUUGUAACUGUUCCGGUUAUAUCUAAACAGCUUCAGGUAAUCCCAAAAAGUCAAUGGAUGUAUUCAAUAAAUUCUAUUCUACCGUUUCAACAACUGUAUCUCAACUCCAAGGUGUCCUACCAGGCAAUCCAGUGACUCGAGAGUAUGAGGUGAUAGCACACAUAGCAAGUGCUGGAUCAGGUCUUCAAUGGAAAAUUUACAGUGGUUAUAAAAAAUCUACCCGUCAGGAAGCUUCAAUUUUUGUAUUUGAAAAACGCCAGUUAGAGCGAUGGACAAAGCAAGACAGAGAAGAUAUUCUGAGUUCAUUGAAACGUGGAGCUGCUCAGCUGACCAGGCUUCGACACCCUCAGGUCCUUGUUGUACAUCAUCCAUGUGAAGAAUCAAGGGAUAGCUUGGCAUUUGCUACAGAACCAGUUUUUGCAAGUUUGGCGAAUGUUCUCGGAAAAUCUGAAAAUACACCUUCUCCACCCAAUCUUCUAUUGAAAAAUUACAAAUUAUUUGAUGUGGAAAUAAAGUAUGGUCUGUUACAGGUGGGAGAGGGUCUCUCAUUCCUACAUAAUGAUGCGAAAAUACUCCAUCAUAACCUUACUCCAGAGAACAUUGUGAUUAAUCAACAGGGAGCUUGGAAGAUUUUUGGUUUUGACUUCUGUAUUUUGAACGCGCAACCUGCAGCAGCAACAGCAGUGUGGCCGUGGCACCAGUAUAAGACUGAUGUACAUCCGCUGGCACAACCAGAGUUGGACUACUUGGCUCCUGAAUGUGGGUUGUCUGAAAGCAACUCAGCAGCUAGUGAUAUGUAUUCCCUUGGAGUUCUCAUCACUGCACUCUACAACGAUGGCCAACCACUCCUCACUUGCAACAAAGACUGGCUCACUUACAAGAAAAACAUCAAUGAGGUGUCUUAUAAUUUUAAGUAA